AUGGACGGGCUCCGAGCCAAAAUGUCUUCUCUGACGCCGUUCACAAAGAAGCACAAGGUUACAGUCAUUGGAUCUGGCAAUUGGGGCUCGACCAUUGCGAAACUCGUCGCAGAAAACACUGCUGAGCACCCCGAACUCUUCGAGCGAGAUGUCCAGAUGUGGGUGUACGAAGAGGAGGUUCAGCUUGACAAGAAAUCAAAGCACUAUGACGAAUCUUCAGAGCUCAGCAAAGGACCACAAAAUCUCACCAAGCUCAUAAACACCUUUCACGAGAACGUCAAAUAUCUUCCCGGCAUUGCUCUCCCCUACAAUGUCAUUGCCAACCCUUCCCUCACCGAUGCAGUCAAAAACUCCUCCGUCCUCAUUUUCAAUCUCCCUCACCAGUUCAUUCUCAAUCUUUGCAAACAACUUCGAGGUCAUAUCCUCCCCUUUGCGCGGGGUAUCUCCUGUAUCAAAGGAGUCAAUGUUCACGAGGCCUCCAUCAGCCUGUUUUCCGAGACAAUCGGCGAAGAGUUGGGGAUUUACUGCGGUGCCUUGUCAGGUGCCAACAUUGCCAACGAGGUCGCCCAAGAAAAGUUUUCCGAAACCACCAUUGCUUACGACCCGCCGCCCAUGGAUUCACAGGCUCCCACACCGGCGACCUCUCAAGGCUCUAGUCCAGUCUCCAGCCAUGUGGAUCUGACGAAAUUGGUUCAUAAGGAUGUCUCGGGACGACCUUCCAAGGUUACACUUCGACCGCUUCCGUCUGAAUAUUACCCUUUUGAUCAUGUCACCAUCAAGAAACUCUUUCACCGAAAAUACUUCCACGUUCGAGUUGUCUCCGAUGUUGCUGGAGUUUCUCUGGGCGGCGCUUUGAAGAACAUCGUAGCUGUGGCUGCUGGCUGGGUUGAUGGUCUGGGAUGGGGUGACAAUGCCAAAGCAGCCGUGAUGAGAGUAGGAUUACUGGAGAUGCGAGAGUUCGGAAACAGAUUCUUCCCUAAUACCGUCCACCCGGAUACUUUUACCGUUGAGUCCGCCGGAGUUGCAGAUUUGAUCACAACUUGCUCUGGUGGCCGAAAUCACAAGUGCGCCAUGCUCAGCAUUCGAGAAGGAAAAUCCAUUGAGGAAAUUGAAGCCAGAGAGCUGAACGGACAAAAGCUUCAAGGAGCUUUGACGGCGGUUGAGGUCCACACGUUCUUGAAAAGUCUAGGCAUGGAGAAGGACUUUCCUCUUUUCACGGCGGUGUACAACAUUCUCAAGGGGAAUGAGAAGGCGGAGAAACUGCCAGACUUGAUCGACAACAACGAGGCAACCGACACAUCUGCUUCGAAGCCAACGCAGUCUUCAUCCCUUCCCAUUCCGCCGCAAUCCACAUCAUCAACAAACCCCGAACAGCAGACGGUAGCCGGGACGCAGCCACACUGUCCUACGACUUCUCCACUUGGGGACAACGAAAGACAGUCAAACACCACGACAUCGCGGUCUCCCCUUGAGCCAGCCCCGCCCCUCGCAUCGAGCAGAUACAACCGACAACUUCUCCUACCACAGCUCCGGCUGCGAGGGCAAGAACGCUUGUUAAACUCCAAGGUGCUGAUCAUCGGGCUUGGGGGCCUCGGAUCUCCGGCGUCGCUGUAUUUGGCGGGCGCGGGCGUCGGGACUCUGGGCCUGAUGGACGGCGAUACGGUGGAGCUAGGCAACCUGCACCGGCAGAUCGCACACACAGAAUCAGCGGCACGAGAAGGUCUGUCGAAAGUACGCUCCGCCGCGGCGCGGUGCAAGGCACUCAAUUCCGAGAUCCGCUACGUGCUGCACGAAGAGCGCGCCAGCGCAGACAACAUCCUCGGUGCCAUUGCGCAGUAUAAUGUCGUUCUCGACUGCACGGAUAAUCCCGCAACGCGGUAUCUGAUCUCAGAUGCGUGCGUACUCCUGGGCAAGGUCUUGGUCAGCGGUGCGGCCCAGAGGGGCGAAGGGAUGCUCGUGGUCUUGAACUCACCACCGUCUCCUCUGUCCGCCGACGGUGGACAAGGAGGUCAAGACAAGGGUCCCUGCUACAGAUGCGUAUUUCCACGUCCGCCGCCGCCAGAAAUGGUGCGUGGAUGUAGCGAGAUCGGGAUUCUAGGACCCGUAGUUGGCUUGAUCGGGACCAUGAUGGCCGGCGAGGCGAUCAAAAUCAUUGCCGCUGGAGGACAUCUUCCUCCUUCUCCCACAACUACUCCAGAGGCUGAGGCUGAGGCUGAGGCUGAACGGCUGAACAACGGUUCGUCCCUGUCUUCACCUGCAUCCUCACAAACGGAUCAAAUGCGGAAGCCAGCCCAGAAACAACAUCAGCAUACCAUGCUCCUCUACAAUACCUACGCCGCCGAUCCGCGGGGGAUGUUCCGUACGAUAGGGCUGCGAGGUCGAAGAAAAGACUGUCUCGCGUGCGGGGAUGACGAUGCUUUAGCACAAAAGGGGCUGAGUCGGAUCACAGCAGACACGAUCAGCCAGGGCCGUCUGGACUAUCAGGCCUUCUGUGGCGUAUUCGAGGAUGUCAACUUACUAGACGAUGAAAGGAGGGUCGGUGCCAAAGAGUUUCUGGAAACGCUGACAACACCCAGCGAAAAUCCGACAGAGAAUGAUCUGGAAAGAGAGGAGCAAAAGAGAAUUGUCAUCGACGUGCGUGAAGAGCAUGAGUACGAGCUCGGCACGAAGGUGGCCGGCAGCAUUAACAUGCCGAUAUCACGCAUACUGAGACUCGGUGGUGGUGCUUUUGACGAGCUCGGCCUUGGGGCUGACGCGGAGAGAAGAGGGCCGAUGGGCAACGAGUCGCAUGUUCGGACGACGCCCCCGAAGGCCAUCAACGGUCACGACGAUGGGCCUGGGCGGGUCGACUCUUCCCAUAGCGGAAUGAACACGCCGUUGCUGGCGAAUGGAUUGGACGGACACCGAGAAACUCAGAGUCACGGGCCGCCGCCUGCGGUGUAUUUCGUCUGCGAACGGGGGAAUGACAGCCAAAUCGCUGCUCAGAAGCUCAUGGACCAGCUUGCAGGCGACAGCGCAGCCAGCCAGCGAUGGGGAUGGGUAGGCGACGUGAAGGGCGGAUUUGUCGCGAUAAAGAAGUGGUCGCAAUCGAGUUCGCCAUCGAGUUGA